GUUGAAAGGAAUUCAAUAAAGCAUAUCACAUAUCCCGCCUCUUAACAAGAAAGGAAUGGCUUCCCCAGCAUCUGAACUUCACUUCGUCUUGUUUCCCUUGAUGUCCCCUGGCCACAUGAACCCCAUGAUUGACGUAGCCAGAAUUUUGGCUCACCAUAACGUGAUUGUCACUGUGGUCACAACGCCACAUAAUGCAGCUCGUUUCGCAACAAUUUUUGCUCGGUUUUCGGCGGCUGGGCUUUCAAUCCGAUUAAUGCAGCUUCAAUUUCCAUAUGAAGAGGCUGGAAUGCCAGAUGGGUGUGAGAAUUUUGACAUGCUACCUUCACUGGGCAUGGGCUUGAGCUUCUACGAGUCGCUAAGCAUCCUGCAGAAACCUGCGGAAAAAGUGUUCCAGGAGUUAACACCUCAACCAAACUGCAUAAUCUCUGAUGUGGGUUUGCCAUAUACAGCCAACAUCGCCAGCAAAUAUAAUAUUCCUAGGAUUUCUUUUUACGGAGUAAGUUGCUUCUGUCUUCUAUGUAUGCUCAAAACCGGCAUUCAUAAUGUUUUUGAGAACAUCAAGGAAGAAUGGGAAUACUUUGUUAUACCUGGCUUGCCUGAUAAAAUUGAGAUCACCAAAGCCCAGUUACCAGGACCACAGGAGAGCUGGAAGGAGUUUAUCGGCAAAAUGUCUGAAGCUGAAAUGGCCACUUAUGGGACAAUCAUGAAUUCUUUUGAAGACUUGGAGCCAGCAUAUGCAACAGAAUACAAGAAGGCAAGAAAGGAUAAACUAUGGUGUAUCGGCCCUGUUUCACUCAGCAACAAGGAUGACUUGGAUAAGGCUCACAGAGGGAACAAGUCCUCAAUUGACGAGAACAAAUGCUCGGAUUGGCUUGAUUUGCAGAAACCAAGGGCCGUUAUUUAUGUGUGCCUUGGAAGCAUGUGCAAUCUAACUCCUUUGCAAUUAAAAGAGCUUGGUUUGGCUUUGGAAGCAUCAAACAGGCCAUUCAUUUGGAUUAUUAGGGGAGGAAGUCACUCAGAAGAACUGUACAAUUGGAUUAAGGGAGAUGGGUUUGAGGAAAGGACCAAAGGGAGGAGCCUUUUGAUCCGAGGCUGGGCUCCUCAGGUACUAAUAUUGUCACACACGGCAAUUGGAGGGUUCAUAACGCACUCUGGUUGGAACUCGACUAUAGAAGCAAUAUGUGCUGGUGUGCCAAUGCUAACAUGGCCAUUAUUCGGGGAUCAGUUUUUAAAUGAGAAAUUCGUUGUGCAAAUAUUGGGAAUUGGGGUGAGGGUUGGGGUGGAGAGCCCGGUAAGCUGGGGCGAGGAAGAGAAAAUAGGGGUGCUGGUGAAGAAAGAAGAUAUUCAGACGGCAAUACAAAGGUUGAUGGAUGAGACAGACGAAAGUGAAGAAAGAAGAAGAAAGGCUAUGAGGCUUGCACAGAUGGCUAAGAGAGCUGUAGAAGAAGGUGGGUCUUCAGUCUUGAACGUGAGCCUGCUCAUCCAAGAUAUCAGGGAACAAAGAAAAACAAAAAAGAGUAGUGCUCUUUCUUAGUAGAUAAAAUAUGUCGACUAUCUAUUUAAGAUAAUUAUUUCAUGCCAAUAAGUUCCAAACCCCCAGUGUGUCUGUAAUGCAAAUGAAAUUAUAAAUCCACUUACUCAGCAAGCCAUAUGUGUGUGUGUAUCUUAGCAUGUCAUUAUUUCCAAAUUUAGCAUCGCACGAGAUUAGAUCAAUCUCGAGUAGAGCUCAAUUUUAUUCGGUUGUU